AUGGCUACCGAUCUUGCAGACCCUUCUAGCUCAUCAGAAGAGGAGGACGACGUGGACGUAUCGGAUGUAGAACCACCAGACGACGUCGACGAGUCCGCGUCGACCGUCGAAUCGAAACACGAAGAGGAGGAGGAUGACGAUGAACCUGAUGUAGAAAGCUCAUCGGAGGAGGACGAUGUCGGAUCCGAUGAUGGCGACUUCGAAGAAGACGAAGAUGUACAAGAAGAGGAGGUCGAAGAGCAGUCUAGCGAUGCUGAAUCUGAAAAGGCAUCUCUUCAGAGACCCUCGAAGGAGAAGGCUGCGAACGAGUAUUAUGAGAACCCAGACUUAUACGGCCUACGACGGAGUGAACGCGCACGAAAUACUCGAACACUGGUUGACAGCAGCGGGGACUCGGAAAACAAUGACGACGACGAUGAUGAGGACGAAGACGACUCGGAGCCGAAGAGCAGUCGACAGAAGACAAAACGAAAGAAGGCCCCUACAAGAUCCGCAAAAUCAUCCAAACUGCCGUCUCCUGUUCAUUACGUCUCAUCUGAAGAUGAAGACAGUGACGAAUAUGGCACGAAGAAGAGACCGAAGGCUAUGAGGAAACGACGAAAGAUCGCAGUGGAAAGUGUUUCGCAGGCCACAGAAAUCCGAUUCUCCACAAGACGUGCGGCCGCGGCGGUUGCCAACUACAACGAGGAUGAUGAUGAUGAAUUCGAAGAAGAGUAUGCGGAGGAGGACAACGGGGAAGACCAAUACCAGGUGGAAGAAGUUCCUAAUGGCAUUGACCUUGUCAUUGGACACCGCAUCAGAGAGGGCUUCGAUGACACGAUACCGACUGCCGACAAAGAUAGACUGGAGUUCCAGAUCAAAUGGCAAGGCGAAUCCCACUAUCAUGCCACAUGGGAACCUAUGGACAACCUUGUAGGUCAGAAGGGAUACCGAAAACUUGAGAACUAUAUGCGAAAGGUUGUUCUCGCGGAUUAUUGGAUUCGGACGAACCCAUCUACGACACCCGAAGAGAUCGAACAAUUGAACCUCAAGCAGGAGCGACGGAGGGAAGAGAAUGCUGCAUUUCACAUCGUGGAGAGGGUCAUCGCCCAUCGUGACUUAGAUACCGGAAGGCAGUAUAUGGUUAAAUGGAAACGAUUGACCUACGAGGCCUGCACCUGGGAGGAAGGUGAUCUCAUAAUUGCGUUGGCACCUGAACAGGUGGACAAAUACUGGAAUCGAUCCAAGACUGUGCAAGUCUCCAAGCAGUCGGAAUCGAACGUGGCUACCAGACGAAGCUAUAAGAAGCUAGAGGCACAGCCCUCGUAUAUCAAGAACGGCGAAUUGCGGGAUUUCCAGAUGAAGGGCUUGAACUGGCUUGCCUACAAUUGGACCAAAGGUCACAAUGGCAUCCUUGCCGACGAGAUGGGGUUGGGCAAGACAGUUCAGACGGUUGCUUUCAUGAGCUGGCUUCGCCACGACCGGCAUCAGCACGGCCCCUUCUUGGUUGUGGUUCCCCUCUCGACUGUCCCUUCGUGGGCCGAGACGUUUGAUAACUGGGCACCGGACAUGAAUUACCUCAUCUAUACGGGGUCUCAGGGUGCACGGAAUAUCAUCCGAGAACACGAGUUCUACGUCGAUGGGAACCCAAAGAAGCCCAAGUUCAACUGCGUGGUUACGACCUACGAGUAUGUUAUCAACGACUGGGCCAACUUGAUGCCAAUCCGGUGGCAGUUUAUGGCGGUUGACGAAGCUCACCGGCUGAAGAACAAGGAGUCAUCGCUGUACGACAAAUUGAAUCUCUUCAAAGCAACCAGUCGGUUGUUGAUUACCGGUACGCCUCUUCAGAACAACCUGAAAGAGCUGGGCGCUCUGGUUGACUUCUUGAUGCCCGGGAGGAUCGACAUCGAUUAUGAUGUCGACCUGCAGUCCGUCGAUGCUGCGAAGCAGAUCGAGGCACUGCAGCAGACCCUCAAGCCAUACAUGUUGCGGCGGGUCAAGAAGUCGGUCGAGAAGUCCUUGCCUUCCAAGUCGGAGAAGAUUAUUCGGGUGGAGUUGUCUGACCUCCAGACCGAAUACUACAAGAACAUCAUCACCCGCAACUAUGCGGCGCUGAAUGCUGGCGGGAACGGGCAUCAACAGUCACUGUUGAACAUCGUGAUGGAGCUGAAGAAGGCCAGCAACCACCCGUUCAUGUUCGCGUCGGCAGAGGAGAGGGUCCUCUCGGCGAAUGCUACGAGAGAGGAGACCCUUAGGGCUCUCGUCAUGAGCAGUGGAAAGAUGGUCCUUCUGGACCAGCUACUUACCAAGCUCAAGGCCGAUAACCAUCGUGUACUGAUCUUCAGUCAGAUGGUUCAGAUGUUGGAUAUUCUUGCCGACUAUCUGAACCUGAAGGGGUACACACAUCAGCGAUUGGACGGUACGAUCCCCGCUGCGGCCAGGCGUAUUUCGAUUGACCAUUUCAAUUCGCCUGGGAGCCCGGACUUCUGCUUCCUCCUCAGUACCCGGGCUGGAGGACUUGGCAUCAAUUUGAUGACCGCCGACACGGUUAUCCUCUUCGACAGUGACUGGAACCCUCAGGCCGAUCUCCAGGCAAUGGCUCGCGCUCAUCGUAUCGGCCAGAAGAACCACGUCAUGGUUUAUCGAUUGGUGUCCAAAGACACCAUCGAAGAGGAGAUAUUGGAGCGCGCGCGCAACAAGAUGAUCCUUGAGCACCUUGUCAUCUCGUUGGGAGUGACCGACAAGGGUAUAGUGGACCGAGUCAAGGACGGGAAGUCCGAUAAGAUCCCUUCGUCGGAGCUUUCGGCAAUCCUCAAAGCCCGAGCAUCGAAGAUGUUCGAGGCCACAGACAACCAGAAGAAGCUGGAGGAACUGAAGAUCGACGAUAUCCUGAGCACUGCCGAGGACCACAUCACUCAAGCGGACACCGGGCUCGGGGGCGAAGGUGGUGACGAAUUCUUGAAGCAGUUCGCGGUCACGGAUUUCAAAGCCGAUGUCUCCUGGGAUGACAUCAUUCCCAAGGAAGAACUGGAGGCACUACGGGCGCAGGAGAAGAGCAAAGAGGAAGAAGACUUUCUCAACGAGCAGAUCGAGAUGAGCUCGGGCCGCAAGCGCAAACCGGUCGCAGACGGGGAGCAGGGGGGCCGAACGGCAAAGAGACGAGCGAAAGAGCUUUCUGCACGGAUGACCGACAGCGACGACGAACCGGAAUUCGAUCCCGGCCAGCCCUUGAAUGUUCGCGAGAUUCGAAAUCUAUACAGGUCGUACACCCGUUACGGGCUGCUUGACGACUGUUGGAGCGAGAUUCUCAAGGACGCGGGGCUGGAGGGACGAGAUCCGGAGAUGAUCAGAGCUACCAUCCAUGACUGGAUUCGCUUGAGUGAAGAGGCCAUCCAAAUGCAUCGAUCCACCCUGGGAGAUGCCGGCAAGAAGGAGAAGAAGGCUGUUCUCUUCGACUACAAGGGCGCGAAGAAGCUCAAUGCCGAGACGAUCCUGAUCAGACCAGAGGAGCUGAAGAUCCUGAAGCGGGCUGUCGACGCUUGGGACGAUCGCACGAAGUUCCGCAUCAAUGAUGUCAAGCCAGUACACAACUGGUCUUGUGAGUGGGGAACCCGGGAGGAUUCAAUGCUCUGUGUUGGCAUUGUCAAGCACGGGUAUGGUGCGUGGACGGCAAUCCGUGACGAUCCGGAGCUUGCAAUGCACAACAAGUUCUUCCUCGAGGAGCACCGUGUUGACAAGAAAGUGGAGCGAGGAAACGCAGAAUCCCAGGCCAAGUCACCUGGCGCCGUCCACUUGGUUCGCCGAGCAGACUACCUGCUUGGUGUCUUGAAGGAGCGUGUGGAGAUGGGCUUGAGCCGUGCGAGAAAGUCACCGUCAGAUGCCUACCGCCACCUGAAGCGCAACGGGGGCACGUCCUCCGCCUCACCGGCACCGCGAAUUAAGAAGACGAAGUCCAAGGGAAGAGAUGCCCCCACCGACUCCCGCCGGCCACGAGAUAAGAUCCGUGAGCCGAAGAAGAAACGUCGGCACGAAGAGGACGACGGAAGCAAGGUGGUCCGGAAGAAGCGUCGCCCAUCGAUGGAACAGGAUAGUCCGCGCUUGGAAGUUCGGGGGAAGCCUGCAGCGUCGCCAGCGAAUGGCACGCCUACUUCCAGGCCAUCCCACCUCCGGAAAGACGGUUCUACCCAGAACCUAGAUGAGACGUCUCGCGAUCUGACGAGGAACGAGAAGUUGGCAGUUACCAAACUGCGCAGCUCUCCCGAGGUCAAGCACAGUCUUGACGUCCUGUCCGGGGCGAUGAAGGACAAGGACAAGACCCGCCGGAGCCAGGGCUUGAUGGAAUGCGUCUCCACGGUAGGAAACUACAUAGCCCAGCAUUCGAAGAAGGGCUCUCCCGAGUACGAAGAUCUCUGGUACGUUUUUUGGAGGUUUCACUGGACUUCCCAGAAGAACCCAUGGACGGCACUGGAGACCUUCUACUCGAAGAUUGCCAGCUCGAAGGCGGAGAAGAAAUGA